AUGGGCAAGAUGAUGGAGCUGACUAUGCCAAAUAGGAUGAGUUAUCUUGAUAUUUGUGGAGAACCUGUUACACUGGAGACGUUUAUGGCAUGGAGAAAGAGAUUUGAAGCAGAACUUGCACUUGAACGAGCAAAGCUGAUGCCUGAGUCUGCUCUUACGGCACCCAAGGAGAAGAAGCUUACAGGAAGACAAUGGUUCGAGAGUGGCAGAACGAGAAGAGCAGUGCUCACUGCUGAUCAAGAAUCUGAGGAGGAAGAUGAUGAAGAUAUUUACUUUGACGACGAAGACUUUGAAGAUGAUGAAGAAGACAUGCUUGAGCACUACCUGGCGGAGAAAUCUGAUGCUUCAGCUCCCAUAGCAAGGGCCUGA